GCUGUUUGUCAACAGUGAAGUAGCGCUGCUGCCGUUACAUCUUCAUGAACUUUAACCGCGAUUAUUAUUAAAAAUAGAUGAUUUUACCAUUUCAACAAGUUGAUAAAGUCACCACUGGGACCAUUUUUGCGAGAAUGCCGAAGGAUCCUCCCCUUUCGGGGGUGAAUGUAGUGCUGGUUAUGGCCUACGGAACUCUGGUGUUUGUGUUGCUGUUUAUUUUUGUGAAGAGACAGAUCGUGCGUUUUGCUAUGAAAUCCCGCAGAGGACCUCAUGUUCCACUGGGUCACAAUGCCCCAAAGGAGCUCAAAGAAGAGAUUGAUACUCGUCUGUAUAAAGUAAACGACAUCUGCUAUGAGCCACGUUUGCUCUCACAGGAGGAUGACAGACUUAAAUAUCGGGGGCAAAACGGAUGUUAUAAUUACUUGUACAGAAUGCAAGCUCUGGAUGCCAUUAGAGACUCUGGUAUUGUUUCUCCUGAGUUGGGUCGGACUCCCAGUGCUUUGACGGGCCGGCGCUACAGGAACUGGCUGCUGGAGCUGCGGAACUCACACUCAUUGAUAAAGAGUAGCCACAGCAGCCUCAUUGACCGCUUGCUGGAGGGCUAUGAUAGUGCCCGCCAUGGCACCGGGGUGUUUGGCGAGGCUGAAUUUCUUCAAUACAGAGAAGACCUGGGUAAUCUGGCUGAAAUUGUAAAGAUACAUUCAAGCUCCAGCAGCCUGAACCUGCAGCACCAAUCAGCAGCUAAAGAUCUCACCAGUUCGCCCAGUCCAUCCUCCGCCUCCACCAUCCAGGUGACGUACCUGCCAUCCUCAGGUCAGCGCAGCAAGAGACCCAAACACUUUUUGGAACUCAAGAACUUCAAGGACAACUACAACACACUGGAGAGUACUCUAUAGGAUUUAGGUUCUUCUGGCCAAUCACUGGUAUUGUAAUCACGGAGAAGCCACAGUCCAUUUCUUCUGGUAUGGAGUGGUGCAGUGAGCUCCUCAGAAUGGGAUUCUAAAGACUCUGAAGCUAUUAAACCUCAAAGGUUUUUACAGUAUAAAGACAGUCACAAAGCACAGAACAGAAUCAAUGAUUGUAUGAAGGUCCAGACAGACCAAUAAGAUCCAAAUCUUGCAUACAUCACUGAAAGGUCCACUCUGUGAAAUACAGCAUAAAAAGAGCUGACGGUUUUAAUUCUGUUGGGUAAAAUCUGGUCAGUGUUUUGGACAAAGUAUUUUGGAAAAGUCACUGCCACCAUUUCUCAGCAUUCCUCUGUUAAACCUGCCUAUAGAAACUGCUGAAGAUGUAAAGAGAUUAUAUGACCUGUUUGAACAAAAAAGUGACCGAAAUGUCCAGGCACAAGAAAUGAGACGGGAAAGCUCUGAAGAGUCACUUUAAUGCCUAUCCUAAAUAACAACAAGGUUGCUUUACACACUGACUGUACUUUUCUGUAGCAUUUGGUACUCAAUUAUCAGGGCACUGGUGGCUCAGUGGUUAAGGUACUGGACUUGUGAUCAGCCCCACCACCACCACCAUGUUGCCACUGUUGGGCCCCUGUGCAAGGCCCUUAAUUUCUUGCAUUGUAUACUGUUACAGUUGUAAGUCGCUUUCAAUAAAAGCGUCUGCUAAAUGCCAUAAA